AUGCUCAGGUACUCGGCCAAAGUCGUCUUGGUGGGACUCUCGUGGAUCCCAGUCGCCAUCACUUUUACAGAGCACGUAGCUCAUAUUGGCCGCAUCGAAGGAAUUUCAAUGAAACCUACGCUUAAUCCAGACUCGUCGCUUGGCUGGUCCGACUACGUUUUCCUCUGGAAGUUUCGGCUUCGUGGCACUACCCCAGUACCAGUAUCAACCCCGUCCUCAUCUCCAUCUCCAUCUCCAUCUCCAUCUCCAUCUUCAAUUUCUUCCUCUUCUUCUCCUCAUACAGCAACACCAAACUUGCGCGUCGGUGAUGUUGUCUUGCUUCGCUCACCCCAGGACCCGGAAAAAGUCCUCAUCAAACGCAUUUUAGCUACACAAGGUGACCGUGUUCUUACCCGUGCACCUUACCCGAAACCAACAACUGUCAUCCCCCCAAACCACCUGUGGGUCGAGGGUGAUAAUACCUUUCAUUCUAUAGACUCAAACACUUUUGGCCCGGUGUCUACAGGGCUCGUCAUUGCCAAGGCUACCUAUGUCGUGUUCCCCCCGUCGAGGUUUGGACCCAUUAGCAAAACGGCGGCACGUGAGGCUCGCAUCGACGAGUUAAAGCGAAAUCAAACAGAAGAAGAUUUAUAG